CUUAUGUCUCUUACAAAAUAUACAUGCAUACUAUACUUAAACAAAAUACUUAUUCAAUUUUAAUCAAAAUCUGAAUUUUAUAUUCUUUUGCUCGACCAACCUUCACGGAAAUUUAUCGAUCAUGAUCGAUAAUGAAAAAGAUGAUAGUAAUCGAUUUUUCAAAAAAAUUUCUGUCAAGAAUAUGAUGGUUAACAUUUGACAAUAAAAUAGUAACAGCUAAAGAAUGAAAACGUAUUAAGAUCCUAAAAAAUCUUUUGAUUAAGAAAAUACUAUUUGAGAAAAAAUAUAAUUUUUUCUUGGUAGAACUUUUGGAACUGGCGUAUAUCGAAAGUAGUUUUUCGAAUUUUUCGCGCGCGCGAUCCCAUUAUCUAUCUACUUUUUUACCAAACCGUGUGGAAUCCCUUCGAGGAUCGAGAUCGCUAAAUCGAGAAGAAAAAAUUCGUCUCAGAGGACUUUCUUAUUUCGUUCAAGACGUCGAACAAAAAGUGGAACCAAAAGAACUCGACGAGGAGUCUACUAAAUUUGAAUUUAAAGUCAAAUCUUCGAACAGUACUAACAAAAAAUCACGAAAAUUGAAUCCUAUGCGAAAAACUGCUACUGUAAGAGCUCAUCCAUUAUUUAUUAGAAAAGGUGACAAAGUAAUUUUUAAUUUUCAACACUUCGUAAGUCCUGAGAACAUUUUAAAGGAAUACAUUCGUUUUAAUAUUCACAACAAAAGCAGACUGGCUAAAAUUGACAAGCAGAAAAUAUUGGAAGCAUUAUGCUCGUUGCAUUGCGAUAAUCAAUUCAAUUCUGAUGUAGAUCCGUAUGAUUUAAAAUCACGAAAUAAUUCUAAACACGUAAACGCGGAAGGACGAACAAAUAAUGAAAAAAUAAUGUCGGCAAGAAAAAGUAAAAUAAAGCAGAAUAUCAAUACAGAAAAUGCACUUUGGAUAACUAGACCAGCACGUACAUGGCAGCCUGCAAAAAGAAUCUCUGCAACAAACAACAUCGUGUACGAAUUCAAUCCUUUUGGAAAUGUUGAAAAUAACGAUACAUCAAAAGGUUUUAACAAUUCUAAAAAUUCUAUAUAUUCAUGUGGUUCAUUUAACGGCUUGAAAGUUUCAACAAUUUCUAAAUCUACAACAAACGACAGAAAACAUAUUGCAAAAGAUGCAAAAGCACGUUCUAUUGUAACAUUACCGAAAUUAAAUUCUUCUCCUAAUAAUUCAAUGAACAUUUUUGAAAAAAAUGAAAAAUUGACGAACGUUUGUGAAAACCAGGCUUCUUUACCUUGUAUUCUUAAAAGGACAGAUUUAACGAAAAAUGAAACGAUUUCAAAAGAAUCAGAUAAGAAAUGGAAAAUAGCAUCAGCAAAAUUAAAUUAUAUAGAUCGAGAUGUAGAAAAAGUUAAAACGAAUUGGGAACAAUUUCAAAAACAUCACGAUCGCAGAAAAGAAAAAUACAUCUUUAAUCCGCAUAUGAAAAAAUUAUACGAAGUAUUAAAAACCACUGCGUGCGAUAAAAAUAAGAUAAAAAAAAAUGUUGACUCAACAAAUGAUCAGGAUAUAUUAUCAAAGAAUAGCAAAUUUUCCAAACAUUCUGAAAUGAUUGAUCAACGUGACGUUGAACAUAUCAAAAACGUGUUAUUUCCAAAACAAGAUCAAUUGACCAUUGUAAAAUCUACAAGAACGAGUAUCGAUUUAUCUAGUAGAGAACUUAAAGAAGAUAUUUUAGGGAACGAAAAGAGAAAUAUUGUUGAGCAACAAUCGUUGUUUACAGAAAAACGAUUGCGGAUUAUAAACGAUAUCUUAACCUACGAAUCGAAUUUACUAAAUCCUUAUAAAAAUGAUUCCUUAAAUAAUAAAACAUCACGUAAAGUUAAAACCGGGAUAGACAAAUAUUUAGAGAAGUAUACCACAAAUUUUGAUAAACUUAAUACAAUAGAGCAAAAAAAUGUAACUAUAAAAGUAAUGGAAUCUCAAAAUGACAUCAAAGAAUAUUUUAAUGAAAAUUUAAAUCAUUCUUUAUGCGUUAGUGAAAAAAAUAUAAAUAAUUUCGAGAAAGAUGGAAUCGAAACAUCUCUAAAAAAUAAUGAUUUUGGAGAAAAUAAAGAAUCAGCUAACGAAACAAAAAACAUAGACACAAAAUCGAUUGAAAUUUUUGACGAGUUUAAUGAAAAAUUACCAAAAGAAAAUACAUUCGUAAAAAUGGACUGUAAUAAUCUAAGUCUACCGAAAAAUAUCUUAGAUAAAGUCCUUCAAUCGGAAUAUUUAAAAAAAGAAUUAUUUUCGUUGUAUCCUAUGUAAAAUGAUAUUUAAAAAGAAAAAAUAAUUGUGACAGAACUGGUGUUUUUUA